AUUCGAUCAUGUGACGAUAUGUCUGACAAAUCAGCAAGUCGACAAAUUGAACGAACAUCAUCUCCAAUCCCUACCUGGUCCAGAUUUCGUGCUGCUCGCCUCGGAUAUCGUGUGUGCCAGCACUCCUGCCGACUUCGACUAUGCAGCCGUUGAGAAGCUCGGCUUCAAGCAGCGACUCGUGCUACGUAUUGGAUGUAGAGUGAUGAUGACAUACAAUCAUCCCUCUCGCGCUUAUGUGAAUGGGACCAUGGGGACGGUUGAAUCCAUUACUGGUCACGAUCUGAGUAAACCAACUGUUACUGUGAGAGUAGAUGAUGGUGGUCCAAUAAUCUACGUUCGACCUGAGAAAUUCACAGUCUCCGCUCCGAACGGAGGCACUAUAUUUCAGCGCGAGCAGUUACCUGUCACUCUAUGCUUUGCGAUGACUGCUCACCGCAACGUUGGUCUAUCCGUAUGUGGUGUCUGGCUACUGCUUCAAGAAUCCCCGUCUAAGCAAGGCGAUAUCGUGCGGAAGUUCUGGAGCGCUCCCUGGUUACAGGGAGCAUUGUAUACUACGAUGUCUCGAGUCGGCCGGAGCGAUCGUAUCAAGAUUUUUCCGAUGCGUAAUACGAACGGUGAUAUCAAGAAGCUCAGCCCGGUAUUUUAUAUGAAUCAAACCUGUGUGGCCUUCGACGAUAAGUGCCAGGAUGAGGAUAUAUUGGUACGUUUGCAGCGAAGUGUCCCAUCGGGCUCGUCUCGUGCCAAACCUGAAUGCCCAAGACGAAUCGAGUCUACCUCGCCAGAGAGCCGUGACUCACGGUUGGAGAGUGUGAUGCAUUCUGUCGUGGCCAACGCUGAGAAUGAGGUCAUUCUAGCCUUACACUACUCAUCUAGUAAGUCCCGUAGUGUAAGGAAGGCGAUACCUACCCCGAAGUGCGAUUAA